AUGGAUCCGACAGGACUUGUUCUCGGGGCCACGUCUCUCGUUACUCUUUUCAAAACUUGCUUGGAUUUGUAUAAUGCUAUCGAAUGUGGUAGAAAUCUUGGUACAGACUACAGGAUACUCGUCACGAAGGUUGGAGUUGAACGAGUCCGCUUGACACUUUGGGGAAGCUUGGUGGGGCUUUAUGACUUGCAAAAAGAUGAAGACUCUCAGGGAGAUCGUUUUGCCGAAUAUUUCGAUGUGCUGGAUUCCCGACUUGUCGAUCCGCGCAUUGCCAGUGCAGUCGCAGAUAUUCUGAAUUGCAUGCGGCGCCUCUUUGAAGAUAGUGGAUCCCUGGUGAAGAAGUAUGGGCUACAAGAGAUGGCUUCGGAUCAUCUUGCAAUUCUUACUAUCGAGAACCCAGUCAAAAUGACAUUUAAGAAGACAUAUUCCCGUCUACAGGCGUCGGCAUCGCGGAUUCAGAAGAAACCGCCACUGGUUGCGGCAGCACGGUGGGCGAUUAAGGACAAGAAGCAGUUUGAGCGUUUUGUCAACGAUUUGCGUGACUUUAACGACAGUCUGACACUGCUUUUUCCGGAUGUGGAGGAAAAUACACGUACAGCCAUGAUAACCGAGAUCAAAGAAUCAACGGAUCUUGACAGUCUUCAGCUCCUCGAGAAUGCAGUUUCUGACCUGAUUGGGGGUGAGGAACUCGUCGAGGCAGCGAGCUCACGCAUUACGGAGAUAUCAAAAUAUUCAACAAGAGUGGCAGAGAAAGCAGCGACCCAAAUCACGGACGACAGCACCGCUGAAGUCAAUGUGGAACGUGUAAGCCGGCAGCUGCAGAAGAUAGAAGUUAUCAUGAGCAAGCGAGCGGAGCUACGUGGAUCACUGCGGUUUCAGCUUUCGAGUCUUGGAGAUCAAAUAUUCCUUCUGUAUGAUUUCUUUGGAAUCGACUAUGGUGAUCAUAUCGUGGAUAUACAAAAAGAGAUGGAAUAUGUCAACCCUCCCUAUCAAGCAUGGUGUAGGUGCUCCUUCAAUGAUUUAAUGUUUUCCACGGGUUCGUUUUCUAAUCAUGAAACAGCUUUGAUGUGUAUGUCGAACAGAGAAAGACCCCUGAAACUUGAUUUCAGCCAGCAAGACGUCGAGGUGAGCACGGACGAUUCCCAUAACCAUUAA